AUGACGAGAGUAACAAAUAAUAGAAGGCGGGGAGUGCAGUGGGGACUAAGGGAGCGGUUAGAUUACCUUGACUUUGCUGACGACCUUUGCUUGAUUGCCCAGAGGUACACUGAUAUUCAGGCGAAACUAAGUUCUCUACAAAGAGAGGCUGAAGAGGUGGGUCUUAAGAUAAAUGUAAAUAAGACAAAGGAAAUGACGUUGAAUUCCAGAGGAGCCCAAGUCUUAGAACUAAAUGGGAAGGUGAUUGAAGAGGCUGGCUCUUUCCAAUACCUCGGAAGCAAAGUCACAGCAGACGGAGGAGCAAAGGAAGAUGUUAGGAGCCGCAUUGGGAAAGCUAAUGCAGCAUUUAUUCAGCUUUAUCCAAUAUGGUGUCUCAGACGUUUAAAGAGAGUGUUCUGGCCAAACACUAUAUCAAAUGAACAGCUUUGGGAGGCAACAAGGCAACAAAAGAUCAGCCUAGAAAUCAAAAGACAGAAGUGGAGGUGGCUGGGUCACACUCUUCGGAAGACAGAUGGAGCAAUUGAAAAGAAGGCCCUGGAAUGGAAUCCCCAAGGGACCAGAAAGAGAGGAAGACCCUGUGACACCUGGAGGAGAACAAUAAUGAAGGAAGCCUUGAGUGUCGGGAAGACCUGGGGUUUGGGGUGGGACGGCAGCGGAGUGGGGGAAGAGCCACAGUCUGUCUCACUCCCACAGCUCGGUAUCUCUCGUUCGCACCAAUGCUACGAGGAGGACGCUUACUAA